GGGACCAAUCGCCCAAAUGGGAUAGAAUAUCCCAAACGGGUUAUUAUGACCCAAACGAGCUAUAUAUAGAUAUCCCGCACGGGCUACAUAACGCGGUUUUUUUUUCUGCAAGAAAAAGAAGACUUGUUUCCGCAAGAUGUCGAGUACAUUGAGAAAAAAUGGCAGAAGCGGAAAAGUUUCUAAUCUAACUCUUGGGAAGAACAGGAGACAGGUUCCAUCCCAAGUUGGAUCAAGGAGCGUUAGCCAAUCAUUUUUUAAGAGAAAAAACACUCUUCUAGAGAAAGCAAAAGAGAUACACGAAACCACAGGCGCAGACUGCGUCUUAUACUUAAAGAGCCCUGGAGGGACAGAAUAUGUGUACAAGUCUGCAGGGGUGAAUUUUGACUUGGGAAAGAUCAAUGUUCAAGAUGGACCCCAACAAAAAGAAGACGUCCCAUCUACAAGCUCAAUGGACCCCAGGACAUCCCUGUCGUUGUCACCCAUAAGGAGCAGGACGCGCCAUACAGAGACGCAGACAUCGGAGUCCUCCUUCUCCACAGUUCAAGAUUCUACACUGUGUAGAUUCUGUGGAGAAGGGAGGAAAGAUACCAAGGCUCUCUGGAUUGGGUGUUCACAUGUCUCGCAGCGUGGGCGGGUGAAGCAGACAUGCGAGUACUGGGUGCAUGCUUUGUGCGUUGGCAUUACAGCCACAACCAAAGCACCUCUGAGCAGAAUUGGAUGGAAAUGCCCUCACCAUAUCAUGAUUGCUAAAGAUAAUGCUAAAGAUAAGAAUAAAAAAAGUAAAUGAGUUAUUGGUUUUU